CGAGUAUUUCACCGUCACAAGCACUAGCAAUUCACAUUCUCUAUCACAAAAAAAGUUACACAUCGAUCGAUAUCUCACUACUGCCAUGGCGAAACUGACCGUUGUUGCAGCUCUUCUCUUGUGCUUGGUAGCCGUUGCAAGUGCCAACAGGUUCACCGCCACCACUACCGUGAUGGAAGAUGACGUAGUCGAGAAUCAGGGGUCUCAAAGGUGCCAAGAGCAGAUGCAGAGGCAGAGGCUGAACCACUGCAGGAUGUACCUUUCACGAGGCGGCCAAUUAUACGGCGAAGAGCUAAGCAUGGUGACAGACGACGACGAGAGCAACCAAGAGCAGGAACAUUUACAACAAUGCUGCGAGCAAUUGAGGAACUUUGACACCCAAUGCCGGUGCGAAGCCCUUAGGAGGAUGAUGAUGCAGGAGCGCGGCAGCCGAGGCCAAGAGUCGGAGCGUAUGAUGGAGAGAGCUCGUUACCUUCCCCGUAUGUGCAACAUGCGCCCUACCGAGUGUCGCUUCUAAUUAAGCUAGCGUUUAUCAAUAAUAAACACACACUAUCGUGUGUGAGUUAGAGACUGUUUUAACUAAUUGUGUGUGAGUUAGAGACUGUUUUAUGUAUCUAGGUUUUAUGUUUCGAAUGCAUCUUAGGGAUGGUCCGCAUAUGUAGAGGCGGCCAUGAAUGUAGGAGACUCGUUAAAUAUGAAUAAGUGUCUUGUUUCUAAUAAGCUUUA